UGAUAUGGUCCUAAAAGGAACCUGACAGUAGCAAAGAGGGGUUUUGGACAUCCGGCAAGAAAGCUUUCUUUAAUGGUGAACAAGUAGCGGACAUCGUCGUCCUUCUGGAAACUGCGAUCCUUGACAAACAACUCUUACGUAAUCGAGCCCUCACCACCCGACUCGCACAGAGCAAACGCGCGCUACAAACGAACUGGACGACAACUCAUUCCUAGCGCAGGAGUGCAAACCUACUUAACCAUGGCCGAACCGUCUGCACAAUCAAGCAAGAAAGAUGCGAAACGGCGCGUAAUUAAAGAUAUGAUAUCCGCGCCGAACAACUUUGAUCAGUCAUCGCUUACAUGCUGCAACUCCUGAUCAAGCGGAAACCGUUUUACAAAGAUUAAAUACCUUGGAACGGAACAUCUCACCGAGAGUUGAUGACCAGUCAAAGUACCAAAACUAUGUGACAUCCAGCGGAGGCACCUUGGCUUCAGGCAGUGGAGGUCCUUCAGGGCAACCAGCAGAAGGCGUACGGUCUUUCAAGGCACUCUUACAGCCAUGGCAAAAGAAAGGACCCGUACAGGGUGAUGCCAGGAACUCUGUUUCAGCACCACCAACAGUCGGCGACAGGGCACCGGAAGCUCCCGUUGUACAAAGCAACAGUGUUCAAUCCUUUACAUCUAUUACCGAGAAUUCUUCUCGGCCGUCAACGGCUGGCGGAAGCAAGACUAGCGUGUCUCGUGCCACUGUAGAGCGCUCGGUCGCUGCCAAGAUUUAUUUUGAGCAGUAUUUUGACCGCCUGUACAAAUCUGGCCCUACCGCAAGAGCAAAAAGGCGUCUUCAGCUUGAAUCAGAGUUAUCAAACAUGACAAUGACCGAGUCUGAGAAACGCGUUGUUCGUCAAGAAUGGCUUCACCGUGAAUCGGAGCGCAUGCGUCGUAUGCGGGAAAAGCUUUCCAUAGCUGAUUUUGAGUCCAUAAAGACAAUUGGGCAUGGAGCUUUUGGGGUUGUCCGGCUUGUCCGACAGAAGAGCACUGGUGAUAUAUUUGCCAUGAAGAUACUCAAGAAAUCGGAAGCGAUAAAGCGGAAUCAAGAAAGUCAUGUUCGUGCUGAACGGGACCUUUUAUCAGAGGCUGCUGAGUGUGCCAAUUGGGUCGUGAGGCUGGUAUAUACAUUUCAGGAUAACGAAUUCUUGUACUUUGUGAUGGACUUUAUGCCCGGCGGGGAUCUUUUGAGCUUGUUGAUAAAGUUGGAUAUUUUUGAGGAGGACUUUGCCAAACAUUACGCAGCAGAAAUGAUUUUGGCUAUCGAAGAAGUGCAUAAACUCGGAGUAAUCCAUCGGGACAUCAAACCCGACAAUUUUCUCUUUGAUGCAGACGGCCAUAUCAAAGUCACUGAUUUUGGGCUAGCUACAGACUUUCACUGGGCCCACGACUCUGCAUACUAUGAAGAGCAGCGAAGAAUCACGAUGCAGCGUGCCUACGGGGACGGUGAACCCAGUGCCAGCACAUCUCCAUCCUCCUUGACAGGGCUGUCUUCAAUGUCGACUGAGACCAGUUUACUUGGUGAAUCCGAAGCUGAUAUCUUCGCUCCACCGCCGCAUACCAAGAUUCUGCGCUGGAGGGAUGCAAAUCGAAAGCAGCAAGCAUUUUCGGUGGUUGGAACGAACAACUACAUGGCUCCAGAAAUUCUUCUCGGGACUGGGUACGACAAAGCGUGCGACUGGUGGUCUCUAGGCGUAAUUAUUUUCGAAAUGCUCUACGGCUUCCCGCCAUUUUGCAGUAAAACCCGGCAACAGACUAAACUCAAAAUUGUCAACUGGCGACAAACCUUGCGGUUUCCUGCUGAGCCAAAAGUCUCCAGAGAAGCACAAGAUCUGAUCAUGAAGCUGAUUUGUGACAAGGAGAGUAGAUUAGGUAGCGGACCAAUGUCGGCUACCCGCAGGUCAUCCAACACAACACCCCGUGCGUCCGCUGCAUCUGUAACCUCCCCGCUGUCGCAAAUGUCUGGUGAAGGAGAUGCGGCAGCAAUAAAAAAACACCCUUGGUUCCGUGAUAUUGAAUGGGAUGAAUUGGGAAGCCGUCCAGCGCCAUUCCGUCCAGAUCUAAAAAGCGAAGUGGACACAUCCUAUUUUGAUGAAGUGAACGAGGAAGAUGUGAUCAAAGAAGCCUGGGGAGGGAAAAGCAAGGGAGCUGCGGAUGAGACUGAGGACAUGUUGGAUAUGAGAAAAAGAUUGGCCUUUGCAGGGUUUACAUAUAAAGCACCUAGAAAGGACAGAGGAGAAGGAAGAAGCCCUGUUGGGGCUGCAUUUGGUAGUCCAGGACACCAGAGCAAGAUGGGGUCGCCCACAUCUGGUGGAUUUGAUAUAGAAGGAUGAUAUUGUAUCUCCAAUGUAUUAAAUUGUGUUUAUGUGGGAAUGGAUUGAAAAAAUUGCACUUUAUGAUGCUCGACAUGGCUUCCUUGGUCGUGUUUCGCAUGUUGCU